GACUUACAACAAUCAUUGAAUGAAAACUAGUGAUGGUCAGGUUUCUUAUAUUUCUUCAAAACAAAACAAAAAAUACCUGAUAUUGACAACGUCCGAAAGAAAAUGUGUCUUAUUCUGCAUCUUGGGUCCUUCAACUCUGUCAAAAGGUGCUACUCGUAGCCAGCUAAGCAAAGGCAGAACCAGCCGGCGCCCCACUGUGGCACGAGUACGUGUGGCUGUGAGGCUUAGGCCCUUUGUGGAAGAGGCCAACAGCACCAGUGAGAGCUCCUGUGUACGGGGCCUGGACGGCUGCUCCUUGGAGAUUGCCAAUGGGAGAAAUAGUCAGGAGACACUCAAAUACCAGUUUGAUGCCUUUUAUGGAGAAACAAGCACCCAGCAGGACAUCUAUGUUGGCUUUGUCCACCCCAUCCUGCGCCACUUGAUGAAUGGACAGAAUGCCAGUGUGCUUGCCUAUGGUCCAACAGGCGCAGGAAAGACAUACACAAUGCUAGGCAGCCCAGAACAGCCUGGCAUUAUCCCUCGGGCCCUCAAAGACCUCUUGCAGCUUACCUGGGAGGAAGGUGCUGAAGGGCGACCCUGGGCCUUUGCUGUCUCCAUGUCCUAUUUGGAAAUAUACCAAGAGAAGGUGUUGGACCUGCUUGCCCCAGCUUCAGGGGACCUAGUGAUCAGAGAAGAUCGGUGGGGGAACAUCCUGAUCCCUGGGCUCACCCAAAAACCUAUUGCUUCCUUCACUGACUUUGAGCAACAUUUCCUGCCAGCCAGCAGAAACCGGACUGUGGGAGCCACUCGGCUCAACCAGCGCUCCUCUCGAAGCCAUGCUGUGCUCCUGGUCAAAGUGGAACAGCGAGAACGCAUUGCCCCAUUCCGGCAGCGGGAGGGGAAGCUCUAUCUGAUUGACCUGGCUGGUUCAGAGGACAAUCGGCGUACAGGCAACCAGGGCUUGCGACUGAAGGAGAGUGGAGCCAUCAAUGCCUCCCUUUUUGUGCUGGGCAAGGUGGUAGAUGCAUUGAACCAGGGCCUGCCUCGUGUUCCCUACAGAGACAGCAAGCUUACCCGACUGCUGCAGGACUCCCUCGGAGGUUCAGCCCACAGUGUGCUCAUUGCCAAUAUUGCUCCAGAGAGGCGUUUCUACCUAGAUACAGUCACAUCACUCAACUUUGCCUCCAGGUCCAAAGAAGUGAUCAACCGGCCAUUCACCCAUAAAAGUUUUCAGCCUCCUGGUGAGAAGGUGAAGUUGGCCCAAAAGGAACUGAUGGACCCCCCAGAAGCAAAGAGGGCCAGAAGCCAGGAAGAAUUGGAGGAUGGGACAGGUAGCCCAGACCUGCCAACUAGCUGUCUCAAACUCAGUCCCCUGAAGCAGCUGAACACUCUAGAACCAGCUGUGCAAGAGCGCCUGCUAAACCUGGAUCGAAUUCUAGACUCCCGGGGGAGUCAAGGGACUUCAAUCUUAAGCACACCAAGAAGAGAGCGAACAGCCCUAGAAAAGGCUUUGAAAGAGAAGGACUCAGAGAUUCAGAGGCUGAAGGAAAAGUAUAAAGAGCUGGAGGCCAACAGACUGAGUCAGAGGCCCAAAGAAUUGGAGGAAGAGGAGAAUGGUUCCCUGGCCUCACCUUGCCCCUUUCCCUCCCAAACAGUCCCCAUGACCAAACCCCUGAAUAGGGUUGUACCCCUUCAGCUAAUUCAGGAGCAGACAACAUCCCAAAGCAAGACCCGUUUCCUGCAGAAAGAAAGCCAGAAGAGGAAGCUGCGGCCGGAGCCACCCCGCGGGCAGCCCGAGCAGCAGGCUGAGGGGCUCCGUACCACCUUGGCGAUGCUGCAGGUGCCUCCAGACCUCCUGGCUGAGAGCCGCAGGAGGAUCCUGGGCCUGCUGAACACAGGCUCGGCCAAGGAGCUUCGGAGGCUGCAGCGCAUUGGAGAGAAGAAAGCGCAGCUCAUCGUGGGCUGGCGAGAGCUGCACGGCCCCUUUGCGGAGGUGGAGGACCUGGGGCGGGUGGAAGGUAUCUCCGAGAAGCAGGUGGCCACCUUUCUGAAGGCCAACAUCCUGAGCUUCGUCGCCGAGUGCUUCACUGCCUUGCCUCGGAAGGACUCCUGAGCGCUGCAGCCCCCGGCGGCCGCCUCUUGGCCCGAGGAGCCCCUGCACUCUGUCCGUGUUUUAUGGGAGGGGGAGGGAGGGUUUUGUAAAUAGAGUAUUUUGUCCAGUC